CGUCAGGAGCUUAGUUUCUUUCGGUGCUUGUCCCUUCAUGGACUUGUAAACAUGGCUACCAUCCGUGAACAAGGUUACACCUCUGAAGUAGUUAGUUUACCAGAGACUUCUUCGUGUUUGUAGGUUUUCACUAGCAAUGUAGCCUUCUGCAAUGACAGACCUUUCCAUAAAAUUUGGACUCGAUGUCGAUAAGGCAAUAAAUCAACUUCUUGACUACAAGAACUCCCCGACUAAGCAGGUUCAGCUUCCUGAGGGAACAAUCCGAUUAUUAUGCCAGGUUUCCAGAGAAGUUUUCAUGCAAGAGGGUGUGCUUUUAGAGCUAGGUGCACCAGUUAAUAUUUUUGGUGAUAUCCAUGGACAGUAUGAUGAUCUUUUGAGGCAUUUCGACAAUCUAGGUUAUCCUCCAGACAUUGCCUGCUUAUUUAUGGGAGACUAUGUAGACAGGGGAAAGAAGUCCUUAGAAACAAUUUGUUUACUACUGGCUUACAAAAUCAAGUAUCCCGAUAAAAUGUACCUGCUGAGAGGAAACCAUGAGUCUGCUUCCAUUAACAGAAUCUAUGGCUUUUAUGAUGAAUGUAAAAGAAGAUACAACAUAAAACUCUGGAAAACAUUUACAGACUGCUUCAACUGUCUACCAGUUGCUGCAGUUGUGGAGAGCACCAUUUUUUGUUCUCAUGGAGGGCUUUCUCCAGAUUUACAUGACUUUGAUCAGCUGCGCUCUCUGGAGCGGCCCAUGGAUGUUCCUGACAAAGGACUUGUUUGUGAUCUACUUUGGUCUGACCCAGAUGAGGACAUAACUGGUUGGGGCGAAAAUGACCGCGGUGUAUCGUGGACAUUUGGCGGUGAUGUUGUCCGAUCAUUUCUUAAGAAGCACGACUUGAGCUUAGUAGCGCGUGCUCAUCAGGUUGUUGAAGAAGGUUACAGAUUUUUCGAGAAGAGGAAGCUCGUUACUCUGUUCAGCGCUCCAAAUUACUGUGGUGAGUUUGACAAUGCUGGUGGCGUCCUCAUAGUCAGCAAGAACCUAAUGUGUUCUCUAAGUAUUCUCCAGCCCGACAGCUUAACGAUUAACAUCAAAGACAAGAAGAGUGGGCACCUUAAUCGUUCUUCCAAUCAGAUUCAAGUCCAAUAGUUCUCGUUAUUUGGUUAUUUAAGCACAGUUGAUGGCAAGCAUAUUAAUGGAAGAAACUUUUUGGAUUGAGAACGCUUGCUUUUUUAUUUAUAGUCUUUUUUAAUGUUAUUUAUUGAGGUAACCAUCAGAAAGUUAUAAAAACAUGUAUUUGUAGAUCAAAUAAAGCUUUUCAUAACAUUUUUUAUA